GGCCCCGCCCCCUGCCUCCCGGCUCCGGCUCCGCUUGUCGAGGCCCUCGGGCCCCGCCGGGGCCGAGAGGGAGCGAGUGAGCCCGGAGGAAGGCAGGGCGGGAGCGGCCGAGCCUCCGGCGCCGACAGCAUAAACUGAAAACAUGGAAGGCAAUAAGCAACCAUCUGUCACUCCUACUACUAUGUUUGCUGAUAAUAGUUUGAUCCUGUGGACUCUUUGCUCUGUGUUGGUGCCUGUUUUGAUCACCUUGUGGUGUAGCUACCAGAGGUCCCGGAGGCAGCUUUACCAGAAGGACAUUUUCCGCAAGAGCAAACACACCUGGCGGGACACGGACCUUUUCAGCCAACCGACCUACUGCUGUGUGUGCUCUCAGCACAUCCUCCAGGGUGCCUUUUGUAACUGUUGCGGGCUGUGCACUGGUGAAGAUUGCCUCAAGAAAGCAGAUCGCUCGUUCAAUUGCAAAGAGAUCAUGCUGAGCAGUGACGAUGUUGACCAGAAUGGCAUGAAUCACCAUUGGAUCCGUGGCAAUGUCCCUCUCUGCAGUUACUGUCUUGUUUGCAAGCAGCAAUGUGGUAACCAACCCAAGCUCUGCGAUCACAGGUGCAUUUGGUGUCAGCGCACAGUACAUGAUGAGUGUUUGGAAAGCGUAAAGGAUGAAAAGUGUGAUUUUGGAGAAUUCAGAAGCCUCAUCAUUCCCCCAGGUUAUUUGAAAGACAUCAGUCGGAUGGAUAUAGACAAAAAAAAUGAUUAUGCAAAGCUAGCUUUACCCUUUGGAAUACAGUGGACCCCAAUAAUCAUCCUAGCCAAUACUCGUAGUGGAAAUAACAUGGGGGAAGGCCUACUGGGAGAAUUUAAGAUGCUACUAAACCCAGUCCAGGUUUUUGAUCUGACCGAAAUUCCCCCCUCCAAGGCCUUGCAGCUUUGCCUUCUUCUUCCUGAUAGUUGUGCUCGAGUUCUUGUGUGUGGUGGGGAUGGCACUGUAGGCUGGGUCCUGGAUGCAAUUGAUGAAAUGAAGAUCAAGGGACAAGAACAGUACAUUCCACAAGUUGCUAUCUUGCCUCUCGGAACGGGUAAUGAUCUGGCCAAUACAUUGGGCUGGGGCGCAGGAUAUGCUGGUGAAAUUCCGGUGGCACAGAUUUUAAGAAAUGUAAUGGAAGCAGAUGGAAUUGAACUUGAUCGGUGGAAAGUCCAGGUAACGAAGAAAGGAUAUUAUAAUUUAAGGAAGCCAAAGGUGUUCACAAUGAACAACUAUUUUUCUGUUGGACCUGAUGCUCUCAUGGCUCUAAAUUUUCAUGCUCACCGUGAGAAGACGCCAUCCCUGUUUUCCAGCAGAAUUAUUAAUAAGGCUGUUUAUUUAUUCUAUGGAACCAAAGAUUGUUUAGUGCAAGAAUGUAAAGAUCUGAAUAAAAAAGUUGAGCUAGAGUUGGACGGUGAGCGAGUAGAUCUGCCUAAUUUGGAAGGAAUCAUAGUUCUCAAUAUUGGAUACUGGGGAGGCGGCUGCAGACUGUGGGAAGGAAUGGGAGAUGAGACUUAUCCUCUAGCCAGGCAUGAUGAUGGGUUAUUAGAAGUAGUUGGAGUGUAUGGGUCUUUCCACUGUGCUCAGAUUCAAGUGAAAUUGGCUAAUCCUGUCCGAAUAGGACAGGCACAUACAGUUCGGUUAAUUUUGAAGAGCUCAAAGAUGCCAAUGCAGAUAGAUGGAGAGCCUUGGGCUCAAGGGCCCUGCACAGUUACCAUAACUCAUAAGACACGUGCAAAGAUGUUGUAUUAUUCUGGGGAGCAAACUGAUGACGAUGCCUCCAGCACAUCUGAGCAGGAGCACACCUGAGAGACUCAAACUACUGAUGAAGACAUGUGAUUAACUACAUAAGGCCAACCAUCAAGAUCCUAUUCCACUCUUCGGUUUCUUUAGAAUGUUGUCAGCUUGGUUUAAAAAAAAAAAGACAUUCUGAAGAAAACUAAGCUUUUAGUUAUUUGAAAAAACUCAAUGCUUUGUUUCAGCAAAAUACUUCUAUUGUAUGCUCUUCAACUAAAAGUUAUAGAAGUUACACCAUUUGCAAAAUGUAUUUUUUUAAUUGUAUGUUUUUCAGUGAGAGAUAUUCAUUCUUUUAAGUCUAUACCAUCUCGUUCUUUUUUCUUGUAGCAAACAUCUGGUGUGCACAUUUUAUGUGCAUCAAGGUGUGAUCUGAAAAAAUUGAGUUUUUUCCUUUGCCAUUUUUUAGUUGAUAGCAUUGGAGCAUUUAAAAACUUAUCUAUUACUUUUAUGGAAAUGCACUGAUUUAAGCUAGGACUGCAUGGAAUUUUAAAGAAAUCUUAGACACCGAUAAAAAUGUCCAUCUACUUGGCUGCACUUUAUUUGUUUAAGUGAAGAUUCCUAUGUUACCAGGCAGAGAGUCCAUCCACAAAUACUUAUUCUAAGGAAACUAAAAAAGACUGCCAUUAAAGAAAGAUGGCACCCAUAAAUUUUAUUAUAGGACCAUUUUCAGACAGCAGGCCAGUGACCAUCUUUUAAUUGGUUAACCAACUGAUGAUAAGUUAAGAGUUUGGUUUCAGAAUCCCUGUAACAUUCUUUUAACCAAAAAAUACUAAAAAUGAAUUGGGGGGGAAAAAACCUAUAGUUGAAUAUUUUGUAUGAGCACUGUUAAAACUCACUAUCCGUUGAAAUCCGUGCUUGUCACUUCACUCUCUUCCAGAUGGUAAUUUAAAGAGACAUUGAAAUUUUAAGGUAGUAUUUAAAAUGUGCAAGUGAAAUUUGUUAACAGGCAUUGUCCAGCAAGAAUAAUUGAUGCAUUUUACAUGCAGUAGGAAAUUUUAAGAAAAAAAAUGCAGGAGUAUGGUAAGUAGGCAUUUUUAAUAUUCUCAGAUAUCUUGAAAUAUAAUGUUGUUGUUCUCCCAUUUUUAAAAAAACCAAUGAAUGUGUUUACAUCUUCUGAUUUGUUUAAAAUAAGAAAUAUAUGUGUGUGUAUAUAUAUUUUUACUUAUUUAUUUGCCUGGUAUGUGCCUGUGUUUGUGCAACACAUAUCAGUUUAUUUAAUACACUGUGGUAGCUACUUCUGUUAGAUUGAAAUUUAUUGGAUGGCAAUUAAAUCCAGCCCAGUGACUGCUUAAGGAAAUCCAUAGCCUUUGCCUGGAUGGGAGACCACAGCUUACCUAAAUAUUAUUGUUCUCCAAUUAUAGCCUUCCUAAAAACUCAAAAAAGAAUCAAAAGCACUCGUAAGUGACUUUUGGAUAACUGGCACAUUUGUAAACCAUUACUUGGAUUGGAUUGUGUCACCAAGCUCUCGUAUUGUGUCUAGCCUAGUAAAGUCAUGUGAGAGGUCGUGCUACAGGACUGGUCCCCAAGUUGCCACUGUUUACAGGUGCAAGCAGACUGGCCCACUGGGUUUCCAUCCAGCUUAUUGUGUCAUGACAAAGUCCUGACAGUUAUUAGAAGAGGCAUGGUUGUUUCUCUUUGGCAUCAGCCUCAAAAUAUUAAGAAUGUACCUCUGACACCACAAACACUCCUAGCUUCUCUUAAUAAUUGAACAUGAGUGCGUGUGUGUGUGUGUGUGUAUACAUACAUAUAUACACAUACACACACAUAUAUGUGUGUAUAUGUAUAUAAAAUUUAGAAAUUGGUUUAGGGGAUAAUGAGCUAUGUGUGCCAUUUUUAUUUGUCCUAACUUUAUCUCUUCCAAGUUUCAGGGAGUGAACCCUGAUUCUAGCAUUGGAAGAUCUGGUGAAGAACUUUAUCAUAGUAGUGGUAGAAUUUCACAGGCUUGGUUUUUUGCUUUGUUUUGUUCUUUUGAACAGAUUAAUCAUGUAUGAGUAUAAUGAAAUUAGGUAUAUGAUCUGAUCCGUAAUCAACAUUCUGUCCUGGGCCACUAGCACAUUUCAUGUUUUCCUGUGAUUAAUACAUAGGGGUGAAGCAUCCUUUUCCUGGAAUUCAUAGUGCUAAGGGUAGGGACAAAGGAACUAGUUAAAUGAAUGUUUCUCUCAUUCAACACUGUCUCACAUCCAUAAUUUUCUCUCAAGCAAUCAUAGUCGUAAGUCAGACCACUGCAUAAAGUAACCUUUAAGAACUGUUUUUUAAGCAAAAUCACCUAGUGGAUUUUGAAAUAGCCCUGUAUCUUAAUUAGUUCAUCCAUUCAAUGUUCUCUUUCCUUAUACAUACCAUUUUCCAGUGUCAUUUCUAGUGUCACUAAAGUGAAGAUUUUAAACAAAAUUUGUUAUUUGAAAAGUUGUUAUGGGAUGUCAUUGUGUAUUAAGGAGGGAAAAUGUCCUACAAAAAGUAUUCCUAUCUUGUUUUAACAAAGUAUGCUUAAGCUUUUGGACACACAGCCAAGCAGUAUAAAUGUGUAUACAGGUGAACUUCACUUUAAGAAAAUCUAAUGAAGAAAGUCCAAAGUGGCAGGGCCUGGUCUUAAGAGGAGUGUUUGCAUCACAAGGGAUGUUUCAUUUCAUAGAACUGUUCACUGUGCAUUCUCCUAGUUCAUUUAAAAAAUGCUUUUAUAUACUUCCCUUCCUAAAAAAAAAAAUCAACUUAUAAUUUCUCAGGAAGAGAACAUUUGUGCAAAAUAAGUACAUAUCCAGAUUCCUCUCCUCUUUCACUAUCUUGAUACAUCCCUAAUUCCUAAUAAGUGUGGUUAUUUGAAAAUUUUUGAGGCACUUGCGCUUCUCUUUGAGCUUUAGAUAAAUAGGACUGUAGUCAUUUAAGAUUGUUUUUUAAGUUCAGUUUGACUGUUUUUUAAAAAAGACGAUCUGAUAUUAAGAGUACCACCAGCUUUUGUUUUAUUAUCUGAAAUGUUUGUUUUCUGUAGUCAUUAGCAGUGAAUUUACUAACAUUUUUAGGAUUUUUGUAGGCAAAGUGGUUUAUUUUUUGUUGUUUUAAGGUCUGUCAUAGAAACGUGUAGUAAUUGUAUUUUGAAAUACAAUAGCUUACUUGGUAUUGUAAAAUACUGUGACUCAGAAGCUAAGUCCUUUUUGCCAUGUAAACCCAGAAACUACCAGCAUGUCAGAAGUGAAAAUGUAUUCCUUUUUUUGGAAAUCCCUUAGAGUUGUAAUAUAAGUAAUUUUUUUUAUUUUGAUAUGUAUUAUGAAAUUCUAAUGUUGCACUAAAUAGAACUUCUUUUAAAGCUCUGUCAUUUUACAGAUCAAUGUAGGUCUGAACGCAUCAAACUUUUGUUUGUCCCAAAUGAGUAGUGAGAGGGGUGAAGUUUCCAGGCCUUCCCCCACACUGAAUGUUGAUGGAGAAGGGAGAAUCGGCACUUUAUUUAGAGAUAAACCUUUCUGGCAAAUCUGAGGAGAUAAGAGUGUGGCAUAAUGGAGUUUAAGAAAACUAAGCAAAAACUUAAAAGUGGGGGAAAUGCCCUUUUUCUUACUCCAGCCCAAGCUCUGUAAAGGUGCAUUCCUAGACACAAGUACAAAGAGUAUGAUUUGUUUUGCUUUGUUUGCAUUUUAAAGAAAUUGACAAGCCUGCUGCUGUAAUUGCCCUUAGGGCCUAUGCCCCCUAUAUCUUCUGUUCCCAUUAGUCUGUGCAGAAGAACCACAGAAUCUAAAAGCACAUCAGGUACACUUAAAAUUUGCUUGAAAAGCUGACUUAACCUUCCUUUUUCUCAGAUACCCAAAGCAUUCUUUCUAAGACAAGGUGGGAAAGGAUAAUGUGUUUAAUAGAAAACAUAAAAUAUUGUAUGAUUAGUAACUGGUGACUCGUGUACAGUUAUUUUUACUUCUUACUCUUUUAUUUCUCCUUUGAUUUUUCAUUUAUAUUCACAAGUUUUUUCUAUUGUUUUAUUUUGUUUUUGUUGGAGGUUUUCUGAAGCAGUGGUGAGUUGGUCAUUUCCUGAUGUUAAGAUAUGUUUGAUGAGUAGUAAAGCACUGGCUUUAGCCCCUUCUUCCUUUGUUCUAGCAAAGUGCAGAAGUGAUUCCUUUGUUUUCUAUUAUUUUUAGAUGUGUAAAUUAAUAUUUAUUUAUUUAAAAUACCACUGACCAUCCAUCAAUUAACUGCUACAUUCUGCUUUUGUCAUGUGAAUUAAAAUGUGAAUUAAAACAUUUUAAUAAACUUCAGGCAUGAAUUAUUUAUUUCUUCAGAAGAAUAAAAUUGUACCUUUAAAAAA